AUGGCUUUCGCACCGCUCGGAGAGCCGGAAAGCUUCGCUGAGUCCUCGAAAGGCUUCCGUCUCGCGGUGCGGCGCUGGGUGCCGUCCUCACCCAAGGCCGUCGUCAUCCUCGUGCACGGUGGAGCGGGUUGGCACAGCGGAUACUUCGAUCUCGUAGGACAGGGCUUGCGCACUGCUGGCUACGCAGCGGUCGCCUACGACCAGGUUGGUUAUGGCUAUUCCGACGGCGAAGCCCCGGGCUACAUUGACAGCUACGGAGAUGUCGUCGGGGAUUUACAAAAGAUGGCGGAGGAGGAGCAAAAGCGCUAUCCAAGCCUCCGGAUCUUCGCGCUGGGGGAGUCGGCCGGCGCACUUCUCAUCCUGAGGCAUGGCAUCGGAAGGGCGGUGGAAGGUCUGGCGCUCGGGCCGAUCGCUGGGUACCUCCUGUGCGGUCCGGUAGUGAAAGUCAAGAAGGAGAUGCUGCCACCACCCUGCGUAGUUGGGAUUGCAAAGAUCUUAUCACGCUUAUUCCCGAAGAUGCCUCUGCCGGGCGUGGAUGUCAAGACGACCUUCGACCAGGCAUUCGGCGAUCAGCGCUGGGCGGCCGCAGGGAAGGCUGAUCCUGUCGUGAACCGCGUUCUCAAUGCCAAGUUUCACGUGAGGACUGGUGCCGAAACCCUCGGGGCGGUGGAGUUCGUCAAUGAUCCGGAAAACCAGAAGAAGUUCAAAGCUCCCUUUGCCAUGAUCGUAGGUGAGAAGGAGAUUCGUGUGGACACAGGCGCGGCCUUUGAGUUUUUCCUCGCCGCCGGCUCGGAGGACAAGCACCUGAAGGUUUUGAAGGGCGCCUACCACCAACUUUUCCAGGACCAGCCAGAGAUAGCGCAGCAGGCUGUGCAGGAGGUCAUCUCGUGGCUGGAUGCUCGUGUCUAG